AUGUCAUAUCUGCGGCGUGCCUUUGACGGAUUCCGUUCGGCAGGUCUAGCCAAGUUUUUCUUGAACAUGAUGUGCCUUAAACUGAGCAAGUUUCUCCAUCCGCUCAGCACUUCUGCGGACUUUCCUCGCUGCCGUUGGCCGCAGUCGCGACACAUAGCAACUGUGGACCACUGGCCUUUGACUCCAGCCAGCCGACCAUCGCCACGGUUGGUCCGCUCCUCUGCUGAACCGAGCAUUGGGCGCCGCAGCUUUCUUCAUCACGUACUUAAGCAGUUGGCGGCUCACAAACCUCAUCUACCUUCUUGCCUCCUCGCCGUCUUUGUCGGGGAUCCAUCCAUGGCGUCAAACCGCAAGCGAUCGAUCAACGAAACAGCAGGAGCCUGGGGCGAGGUUGCAACCGACGAGCGUCAGCCGCGCACUCCUCUGGACGAUGCGAGUCUGAGCCCUUCUGACGAGGGUCUCAUCCCUGAGGAGCUCGUCGCAGAGUUUCCCGUGGACGAAUGCGCGAGUGACCAGUACGCUGACUAG